AUGCACCUGCCCGGCUGCGCCCCAGCCAUGGCCGACGGCAGCUUCUCGCUCGCCGGCCACCUGCUCCGCAGCCCGGGCGGGAGCACCUCGCGGCUGCAUAGCAUCGAAGCCAUCCUGGGAUUUACCAAGGACGACGGGAUCCUCGGCUCCUUCCCGGAGGAGCGGGUCGCCCGGGGUGCGAAAGAGCGGGAUAGGAGGCCGGGCGCGCGGACCUCCUGCCCCAAGGCGCCUGCAGGAGGCGCCGAGCCCUCCACGCCGCCCGCCCCGGCACCGGCUCCCGAGUACGAAGCCCCUCGCCCCUACUGCCCCAAGGAGACCGGGGAGGCGCGGCCGAGCCCUGGGCUGCCUGUCGGACCCCCAGCCCCCGGCGACUCGAAGCUGUCAGAGGAGGAGCAACCCAAGAAGAAGCAUCGACGGAACCGCACGACCUUCACCACAUACCAGCUGCACGAGCUGGAGCGCGCGUUCGAGAAGUCCCACUACCCCGACGUGUACAGUCGCGAGGAGCUGGCCGGCAAGGUCAACUUACCCGAGGUCCGGGUCCAGGUGUGGUUCCAGAACCGACGGGCCAAGUGGCGGCGGCAGGAGAAGCUGGAGGUGUCGUCCAUGAAGCUGCAGGACUCGCCCCUGCUCUCCUUCAGCCGCUCCCCGCCCGCCGCGGCCCUGGCGCCCCUCGGGGCGGGCCCGGGCGGCGGCGGCGGCGGCGGGCCUGCGGGGGGCGCCCUGCCGCUCGAGUCGUGGCUCGGGCCGCCGCUGCCGGGCGGGGGCGCCACGGCGCUGCAGAGCCUGCCAGGCUUCGGGCCGCCGGCGCAGAGCCUGCCCGCCAGCUACACGCCGCCGCCGCCGCCGCCGCCGCCCUUCUUGAACUCCCCGCCCCUCGGCCCCGGCCUGCAGCCCCUCGGGCCGCCGCCGCCGCCGCCGCCCGCCUACCCGUGCGGGCCCGGCUUCGGGGACAAGUUCCCGCUGGACGAGGCGGACCCGCGCAACAGCAGCAUCGCGGCGCUGCGCCUGAAGGCCAAGGAGCACAUCCAGGCCAUCGGGAAGCCGUGGCAGGCCCUCUAG